AUGGUCAAAGCCCUCACAUUCAAAGGCGACAAGAAGGCGAAAAAGCGCAAACGCACCGCAGCCGAAGCCGACGAUGAACCCUCGCAAAGACCUCACCCCAGCGAGAACGAAGGCGGAGCAGAAGAAGACGACAACUGGGUGUCCGCCGAAAGCGUGACCGACAUCUCCGGCCCCGUCCUCCUCGUCCUCCCCACCGAACCCCCGACCUGCCUCGCCACAGACGCCAUGGGCAAAGUGCACGCCAGCGCAAUCGAGAACAUGGUCGAGGGCUCGCCGCACACCGCGGAGCCGCACUUGGUGUCGCAAGUCUGGGUUGCAACACGGGUUGUGGGGUCGGAGAAGGACUUCACGUUCAAGGGACAUCAUGGGCGGUAUUUGGGGUGUGAUAAGUAUGGGAUCUGCUCGGCGGUGCGCGAGGCGAUUUCGCCCGAGGAGACGUUUAAGUGUGCGGCUUCUGCGGAGGCAGUGGGCAUGUUUGAUAUUGAGACGGGGAGGGGGACGUUUAUCUCUGUUGAGGGAGAGGAGAAUGCGCCGCAGGUGAGAGGGGAUGCGGAGGGAGCGGGAGAGAAGACGCAUUUGCGCGUGCGGAUGCAGGCGCGAUUCAAGCCGAAGCAUCAGGUGGAGAAGGCGGAAAAGGUGCGGGCGAAAAUUAGUCGCAAGGAGUUGGAGGACGAGGUUGGCAGACGGCUGGAGGAUGACGAGGUGAAGGUGUUGAAGAGGGCGCGCAGGGAGGGCAACUAUCAUGAGGCGAUGCUUGAUGUGAAGGUCAAGGGGAAGCAUGACAAGUAUGCGUGA